UCAAGAAUCAAUCGUUAUUAAUUUUUUUUUGUGUAAAAAAUACGUCAAUCAAAUAAAUGCUAAUGUCUUGAUCUUUCUUCUCUCUACAUUUAUUAUAAUCAUCAUUAUAUGUUCCUUAUUAGUGGUAGGCGAAAUGUCAAAAGUUUUAAUAUAGAACGACCAAAAUCGAUCGCGUCAUCGUCCGUCGCAUACACAAAACAACUAAUUAUGUUUUCGCGUAAAAUUCAUUAGACGUCCUUGUGUGGAGUAAACGUAAUUUCCUUGUGCGUACUACUUACCUAAUUUGUUUCCAAUCAUGAAUUUCGACGAUACUUCCAGUAGUGGGUACGUCACCAACGAGACUAUAUACGGUACCCACGAAGAUUCUCAUGUAGUGAUGUCCGAGAAAGUCCAGUCGUUGGCUGGAAGUAUCUACCAAGAGUUCGAGCGGAUGAUAGCCAGAUACGAUGAGGACGUGGUGAAGACGUUAAUGCCACUGCUGGUGAACGUAUUAGAGUGCUUAGAUUCCGCAUAUCAGACCAACCAGGAACAUGAGGUGGAGUUGGAAUUGCUCAGGGAAGAUAAUGAACAACUGGUCACGCAAUACGAACGCGAGAAGGCGGCAAGAAAACACUCUGAGCAGAAGUUGUUGGAAGCAGAAGAUCACUACGAGGGUGAGAGGAAAGAUUUGACAGGCAGACUAGAAGCUCUGGAUAGCAUUGUCCGAAUGUUGGAACUUAAACACAAGAACUCGCUUGACCAUGCCAGCAGGCUUGAAGAAAGGGAGAAUGAACUUAAGAAGGAAUAUGCCAAACUGCAUGAGCGGUACACGGAGCUAUUCAAGACCCACAUGGACUAUAUGGAGCGGACAAAGUUGCUCCUUAGCACGGCAAGUGAACGAAACGAAGUUCGGGGUCGUCUUGGUCUCAACCCUAUUGGCAGAUCAAGUGGUCCGAUAUCGUUCGGUUUCUCUUCUCUCGAGGGUUCUGUGAAUGUGCUGGAGCAAUCUUCGAGUAUACCCGGCAGUCCAGUUAGUCUUUCGUCAUCACCGCCGUCUCCGACAAUAGGUUCUGAACUGGCAGCAGUGCGUACAAUGGAGCGUGCCCACCAGACCGACCCUAUUACUCAACAAAGUCAGGCUACAUCACCUGUUGCACCUCCCAACUCUGUCGGUAAAUCGCAGACGAAGAGCGAGAGACGAAGCGGAAAUACUUUAUACCAGGAAUUGUCGUUCAAUGAAUGCGAGGCGUCCAUAGUUGAGGGCGAUGACAGCGCUGAUAUAACAGGUAGCUGGGUGCAUCCUGGAGAAUAUGCAUCAUCAGUUAACGAUAACUAUUUUGGUAUGGGCAAGGAAGUCGAAAAUUUAAUCCUGGAAAACAACGAAUUACUGGCUACAAAGAAUGCGUUGAACGUGGUGAAAGAUGAUUUGAUAGUCCAAGUGGAUCAACUGACUGGGGAACAAGAGAUUCUGAAGGAAGAAGUUGCAAAUCUCAAUGCUGCCAGGGGACACCUCAGGGAACGGGUCACGCAGCUUGAGGAAGAACUCAGACAUCUGAGGGAGACGAUGAGUAACAACGCGAGCGGUGGCGAUAACGAAGAUGAAGCUGACGUGCCAAUGGCUCAGCGCAGGCGGUUCACUAGAGUGGAGAUGGCGCGGGUUCUCAUGGAGCGUAAUCAGUAUAAGGAACGUUUUAUGGAGCUGCAAGAUGCUGUUCGCUGGACGGAGAUGGUCCGUGCAAGUCGCGUCGAUUCCAAUAUGGAUAAGAAAAAUAAACAGAGCAUAUGGAAGUUUUUCAGCAACCUCUUUAGUACAAGCGAGAGACCACAGCGGCCUCUAUCAACGCCUCACUUACGUGCAGUAGCGGCCCCUCAACCAGCCAUGAGACACUCCCGCACGUCUGCCGACUUCCUUGAGACUCAGCUUACAGAUCAUCAUCACAGGCGGCAUGAGCGGAGCGAGCAAUUCCGUCAGGUUCGGGCGCACGUACGUAAAGAAGAUGGGCGCACGCAGGCCUACGGCUGGAGUCUGCCAGGGAAAACCGGGCAAGGUCAAAAGGGGCCCAGCCCGUGCACCUCGCUGUCAUCAGGGGGAGUGCCGGUGCCCGUCCCCGUAUUCUGCAGACCUAUAGCGGAGACGGAGCCUCGUAUGACUCUACUAUGUGCCGCUGCCGUGAACCUCAACGGUGGUCGAACCCCAGACGGCGGCUGCAUGAUUGGCGAAAGUGUGUUCUAUGCCAAAGAGGAUAAGAACGAAAUGUGCCUAGCAUAUGAAAUGAGCAAAGCACAAUCUGUGCACUCUCCAGAAGUGGAAGAAAUAAAUCAGCAGUUGCAGUCUACACAAAGUGUUGAGGUCCUCGAGAAGAACUUGUCGUCCCUUGUGUGGAUUUGCUCCAGCACGCAAACGAAAGGCGUUGUUAUGAUUAUUGAUGCCAACAACCCAGCAGAAGUACUAGAAUCAUUCCCAGUGAGCGACAAGCAUAUACUAUGCGUAGCAUCUGUGCCCGGCGCAGUAGCUGACGACUACCGCGAGUAUGAAGAAAGAAUGAAUGCCGAAACGGAAACUAAGAGGCAUUCAGGGCAAUCACUGUUUUGCGUGGGUAAGAGCGAUUCCAUCGAUAGUCAGAGCAACGGGGUUCCGGGAGUAGCGAAUGGUGCUGACGAAAAUGGAGAUAAGGAGGUUGUUGUUGGCUCCGCUAAAUUGGUGAAGGGGACAAUUUUAACACCACCGGCGACCCCUACAAAAGAACCCGAUCCACCGGCGGAGUCGGAGUCUGGGGUACCUAAAGAAUCGGCUGUAAAAGACGUGGAGGAAUCCCCAGACGGCGUCGCACCAGGCAGUCCACCGCUCAGUUCCACACCUAUCAAUGUGGCAUAAUUUGUUUCCAUAGAGCAUCUGGGGUCGCCUGAGCCCGGUGUGGAUGCGAUUGCUCAAGAAGUAUCGAAUGCUGAGAGCCGCACCGACGUACCGCAGGAUCGGAAAAUGUCCACAAUAAUGGCCACCAUGUGGCUGGGCACCAGAAGCGGCAAUUUAUAUGUUCACUCCGCAGUUGGGAACUAUAGCAAGUGUUUGGCAAGGGUGAAGUUAAACGACGCGAUACUGUCCAUUGUAGCGUGUUCGUCUCGCUGCAUCGUCGCCCUGGCUGACGGCACUGUAGCGAUAUUCUCGCGGCUCGCCGACGGCCAAUGGGACUUCUCACAUUACUGGCAACUCACGCUCGGGGACCCUAAGUGUUCAGUUCGGUGCCUCAGUGCGGUCGGUUGCACGGUGUGGUGUGGUUACCGGAACAAGGUGCACGUGAUCGACCCACGGUCUAGGGUGCUGCUGUACUCGCUGGAGGCUCAUCCACGUCAGGAGAGCCAAGUUCGGCAGAUGGCUUGCGACGGCGACGGUGUUUGGGUGUCAAUUAAAAUGGAUUCGACACUGCGCUUAUACCACGCGCACACAUACCAACACCUGAAAGAUGUGGAUAUUGAGCCGUACGUGAGCAAGAUGUUGGGCACCGGUAAAUUGGGCUUCUCGCUCGUUAGGAUCACGGCGCUACUCAUCAGCUCUGGCAGAUUGUGGAUCGGAACCAGUAAUGGUGUAGUGAUAUCGGUGCCACUGUCUGAAGGGUCCAGCCGGGACUCAGUGGGUGGUACACUGCCCCCUGUGGCGAGGAACAAUGUGCCAGGUCACGUAGCACUCGUUCAACAACGACCGCCCAGUCCGACUAGCGCUGCCAUACCCUGGUGUUCAAUGGCUCAUGCCCAACUCAGUUUCCACGGACACCGGGAUGCCGUUACCUUUUUCGUGGCGGUACCAGGGCUGGCCGGUUCACCCGCCCGUACCCCCGACACUACCCGCCGACACUCCCCAACCCCUCCACCGAUGCUCGUCAUAUCCGGCGGGGAGGGCUACAUUGACUUUAGAAUAGCCGACUCUGAGAUGGAAGAUAGCGUAAUAGUCGCGGAAGAUGGGUCGUCCAGUGGUCACAGUUCGCUCGCUGAGCGGGCCUCCAAGAGUCACCUGAUAGUGUGGCAAGUUGCUACCGCCUAACGUAAGGCUAGCCGAGCACGCAUCGACUCCGAGACAGACUUCAUUUACGUGUGUACCUCAACCAAACCAGCGGUACCCAUCGACACAUAACUUGUUCGCUGUUGACGAAUAGGACGCCAUCUUGGAAAUGUAUUUUUUGUUCUUUUAAAUAGAGAAUGUAUCAGAAAUCUAUGACUUUUUUUAAGUUUAUUGGACUAUACAUUUGUGUUUUAUUAAUUUUUGACUUGUUAAUAAUAUUUUAUUCAUUGAUAUAGUAAAAUUUUACUAAUUCUGACAUGUUUUUACGAAUUGAUCUGAUUUUAUUUUUACAAUGUGUAAUAUUUUUAUUAUAUGGACAAAUAGGGUAAUUCAAAGAUCGGUCCGUUAUUCUUAAUGAAUAAUAU